CUUAUCUUGUCAAAGUUUACACUUGUACCGCUCUUGAGUCUCACAUGCACUAUCCUUAAGCAUCCGAAAAAAAUUAAAAAGACUGAAUCUUUUUGUUUUUUUGCCCUCCAUUGCAUAUCAAUCAUAAUCAGUCAACAAAACUCCAAAAUUGUAUUAUUCAUUCAUUCCAUUAUCCUUUCUUGGCCACAUUCUGCCUUACCCAUUUCCAGACGCCCUUUGGAUUCCACACAUUGGCCACUAAAUAGGCUGAAUUACCCAGAAAAUGUGUGCCACUGGGUUAAAGCUUUAGGCUUUGAGGCUUUAAUUUUGGAGUAUUUUUUCUCUCAUGAAAUGGGUUCGCUCAAUCUUUCCUGGGUGGUUUGUUUGCUUUCGAUUUUGGGCUAUAGAGCUCUUCUCUGUUGUGAUGCUGCUGAUGUGUCUCUCAAGUUCUUGAAGGCUCCACAUGAGUUUUCUCAGUUGAGCAGAGCUACAUUUGAGUUCCUAGCAUUUCUGGGUGAGAAUGAGAGUGCUGCUUGUGUUAACUGUAGUUUCAGUUGCAAGCUUGAUGGCGGCAAACCUACAGAUUGUGGAUCCAGGAAGGUUUACUAUGCAGGGUUGCAAGAUGGCAACCAUGGGUUUGAAGUCUGCAGCAGUAAUGGAAGCUCUUCAGUCGUCUGUGCUGACUACAACUGGACUGUUGACACCAUCUCUCCAAGUGCUUCCAUUGCUGCAUCAUCAUCGUUCACAAAUUCCAUAAACGUUUCUGUAAAUAUCACUUUCACCGAGCCCUGCACCGGAGGGGCAGGUUUUCGAUGUGCAUCAGCGGACUCUUGCGAUCUGCUAGUAUAUGGUGCUGGCCAAGUGAUGCCAUCUUCCUUCACCGUUAUUGAACCAAACCUCAAGUAUUCUCUUAUGGUGACCUUGUCGCGUAGCGUUGUAUACGGGCGAGUUGUCUUGGUAAUGAACAAGAACUUCUGUACUGAUAAUGCCGGAAACAUGUUUACCAGAACAGAGAAUUCUAGUUACUUUCUUCGUUUUGAUAGGAGGAGUGUGUUUGUUGACAUGAGAACUCGAAUUCCUGAAAGGUUACUUCAACUCCAAGGCGAAACUAGGACGGUUCAAGCAACUAACAGCUAUGAUAACCUCAAGUUGUAUCUCUACUUCCCGGAGCCUAUCCUCAAUUCAUCAGCUGAAGUGCUGAAUUCUCUUAAUGCAAGUGGAGGCUCACUGCUUCCAUUAAGUGGAGAAAGCCUUGGCAACCGUAGAUUUGGUUUCGAGGUUGUAAAUGUUUCUGCCAUUUCUAUUGUUACAGUUGCAAUGCAUUCGGACUCGAUUAUAAGCAGACCGGGGACUCCUGUCACUCCUAUUGCACCAGCCACCUUUCUUUAUGAUACUGAGAAGCCUGCUGUGAGGCUAAGCACAACAUCCAACACAAGGACAAGGGAACACAAUCUUCUGGUGUCGAUAAAUUUCCAUGAAUUAAGUAGGAGCAGCUACAUUACAGAGGUACAAGCUGAUGGCGACACAGUAUCAGUUAGUGUUCCUGGCAAUAUCACUUCUGAUAUUGCUGGAAACAAGAAUCUCCCAUCCAAUGUUCUACAAGUGAGGCACUAUUCCUUACCUAGAAUCUCGUGCAUUGUAUCCACAUUUUCAACUGCUUGCUUCAUUGCUACAUGUCUAGUUGCUGGACUGCUCACUCUGUCAACAGCUAGCCUUCAGGCCAUUGGAGCAUUUUCAAGGCCAUCUCCCCUCCUGACUUCCGAGCCAACAAGGAAUCUUUUCAGAAUUGCAUGCUACAUUCAGAUCUUCGCACUCUCUCGGUGGAUGGCUGUCACACUCCCAGUCGAAUAUUUUGAAGUCUCAAGAGGCUUAAGAUGGAGUAUUCCAUACUUCACACUACCGUGGGAAACCGGCGGUAUUCACUCAGUAACUCUCCUACCAAAUUCAUCCGCUGUUGUUCCGCACUCCUCUACCAUUUCUACAUUCCACAAUCCAGAAUUUCCAGAGCAAAUGCAUAUGGAAAAGGAAAGAUUGAGCAUGGAUGCUUCAGUAUAUGGAUUGCCACUUACUCCAAUGGAGUACAAAUUCUUUUUCGAGAGCCAGGACAUGAAGCCAGAAGCAGAUUUUAUCACGGAAACUCAGCGCUCCAAUGGGUGGAAAGAUUUUAAUAGAAGUAUGUUCUGGUUAGCAGUAAUCUGUGGUGGUCUAGUACUGCUGCAUGCCAUAGCACUCCUGAUUCUCAAGUACAAGAAGAGAGAAGAAGAAUCUCAAAAGCACAACAACAAUGGAGCAUUAGUAUUUCCAAGAUUUGAAAUAUUUCUUCUGGUUCUCGUGUUGCCUUGCAUCUGUAAGGCCUCUGCAGGCUUGGUGAAAGGUAAAACGGUUUCAGGCACUAUAGUCGGGAGUCUACUGCUUUCAGCAGUUGGCAUGUUGCUUCUAGCCUUGCUAUUAUUCCUCUCCAUUGGGAUCACUCUAGGGAAGCUACUUCAGUACAAGGAAGUCCAUCAAGUAGGGCAGAUCUUCCACUGGUAUCAGGAACUGGUUCGUGUCACAUUAGGCCCAGGGAAGAGAGGUCAAUGGACAUGGAAAGAUCAGCCAAUCAACUCAGCUCAGCUAACGAAGCUCGGCCCUUUGUUCGAAGACCUCAGAGGCCCACCGAAGUACAUGCUUUCCCAGAUAGGAGUGGCCAGCAGCAAGUACAGGGACAGAAUCAUUGCAUCAGAUGACGAGACAGAAGAUGCAGAAGCACCCUUCAUUCAGAAACUCUUUGGAAUUCUCAGGAUCUACUACACAUUGCUCGAAUCCAUCAAACGAGUCGCUCUGGGGUUCACCGCUGGUUCAUAUGCCAACACCUGGUCUUCCAAAACCCCGAGCACCGUCUUACUAUGCAUCACUGCUUUCCAGCUCUUCUUUGUGGUUCUGAAGAAGCCAUUCAUCAAGAAGAAAGUGCAGCUAGUCGAGAUCGUCUCCCUUUCCUGCCAAGUCCUGACUUUCACCACGUGUCUGAUUCUCUCAAAGAUGGAACCUUUAUCGACAAGGAACGAAACCCGUGUUGGGAUCUUCAUGGUUGCGAUGUUCUUGACCGGUUUCUUGGCUCAUACGGCAAAUGAAUGGUAUGCAUUGUACAGACAGACGAAAAAUCUGGACCCCGCGGUGAAGUCGUUCUCUGCAGGCUUGAAGAUGGCAGCAGUUGGGUUGCUGGUUUUCUUGGGGACCAAGAAGAUGUGCUCUAGCUUGCUCUCCAAGCUACCGAAGAAAGACAGAGAGGCAGGUGGUGGGGAAACGGCUCGGACUUCGUCGGCUGAAAGGGACAAGAACUCGGGAAGCUCGGGGACUCCAAUGGUGGAUAAACCGUGGAUGAGACAGCUGAGAGAAAUGGCGAAGGCGAGUUUUACGAGAGAAGGAAGCGCAGGUGGCAGAGGUGUAAGUGUUCCGACGGAUCCUUCCAGCAGCAGGACCAAAUGGAGUGGGUUAUGGGGCAGUAAGAAGAGCGAGAGCUCGUCUCAACAAUCCUCUGCUGAUUUCAAGUCUAGACCAAACCGCUUGUACAAAGAUUUAGAAGCCAUUUUUGAAUCUAAAUGAUGUAUUUUUCUUUCCUUACUUUCUUAAUAAACGAGAGUGUGAAAGUUUUAACAGGGAAUGCAGACAAUCAAUUCCUUAGAUCAGUCUUUCUUCAAAUUGGGACAUAACACUUAAUAACCUUAAGUAAUCACCGAUUCAUGCAAUUUUUCAAUGAUUCAUGCAAAUUACAUGUUGCAAAUGGGCUGGAAACUUUCAAAGUCUGAAUAGGCCAUGUAAAAAGUUUUGAAAGAAAACCAAUUGCAGCAGAGUAUAACAAGC